AUUACUAUUAUUGGUAGUGGUAUUAUUAUUUGCCUCGGUGUUGAGUUCCAGAAUGGCUUCUCUAACGGGAACGGUCCCGAGGAUGAUGCGCCCUGGACCAGGCCAGAGUUAUCCGAGAACCGGUUUCCCUUUGGAAGUCUCCACACCUUUGGGUCAGGGGCGAGUCAACCAGCUCGGCGGGGUGUUCAUAAACGGCCGGCCUCUGCCCAACCAUAUCCGCCACAAGAUCGUCGAGAUGGCCCACCAUGGCAUCCGGCCCUGUGUCAUCUCCCGGCAGCUGCGAGUGUCUCACGGCUGCGUUUCCAAAAUCCUGUGUCGCUAUCAGGAGACCGGCUCGAUCCGUCCGGGAGCUAUUGGGGGCAGCAAACCGAGGCAGGUAGCAACUCCUGACGUGGAGAAGAAAAUCGAAGAGUACAAGAGGGAAAACCCAGGGAUGUUUAGCUGGGAAAUCAGGGACAAACUGCUGAAAGAUGGGAUCUGUGACAGGAGCACAGUGCCUUCAGUGAGUUCCAUCAGCCGCGUGUUACGGGCCAGGUUUGGGAAGAGAGAUGACGAUGACGACAUGGAGAAAAAAGAGGAAGACGGGGACAAGAAAACCAAACACAGCAUUGACGGUAUCCUCGGUGACAAAGGCAACCGUUUGGAUGAUGGUGGCUCAGAUGUGGAGUCGGAGCCCGACCUUCCGCUUAAGAGGAAGCAAAGGCGCAGUCGCACCACCUUCACUGCAGAGCAAUUGGAGGAGCUUGAGAAGGCGUUUGAGAGGACUCACUAUCCGGACAUCUACACCAGAGAGGAACUGGCUCAGAGGACCAAACUGACAGAAGCACGGGUGCAGGUUUGGUUUAGUAAUCGUCGAGCCAGGUGGCGCAAGCAGGCGGGAGCUAAUCAGCUGGCAGCAUUUAAUCACCUGUUACCUGGUGGUUUCCCACCCACCGGAAUGCCAACACUGCCUCCUUACCAGCUGCCAGAAUCAACGUACUCCACCACUGGCAUGUCUCAAGAUGGGGGAAGCACAGUACACAGGCCCCAGCCUCUCCCACCAUCCUCAAUGCACCAAAGCGGAUUGGCUGCAGCGGCAGACGGCAGCUCCUAUGGUCUCUCCUCGAACCGGCACAGCUUUUCCAGCUAUCCUGACAGCUUCAUGAAUCCAACAGGACCCAACAACGCUAUGAACCAGGUGAUGAGUAUUUUGAGUAACCCAAGUGCUGUCCAAUCGCAGAGCCAGCAUGACUUCUCCAUCUCGCCCCUCCACGGCGGCCUGGACACCUCAAACUCUUUGUCCGCCAGCUGCAGCCAACGUUCUGACUCCAUCAAGGGGGUGGAGAGUCUCCCCACCUCGCAGUCUUACUGCACCCCUACCUAUAGCACAACCGCCUACAGCAUGGACCCUGUGGCUGGCUACCAGUACAGUCAGUACGGACAAAGUGCAGUCGACUACCUCACCAAAAAUGUGAGUCUGUCCACACAAAGGCGGAUGAAAUUGACCGAGCAUUCGGCUGUCCUGGGUCUCCUGCAGGUGGAAACAGGACAGGCUUACUGAGAACAGCACACACCCCCAUUGUGCAUCCGUGGGGGGAGAGGGGGAUCGAAGAAACAAGGGGUCACCUAAUGUCUCUGAAGAAUGGCUAAAAAAUUAAAGGCUGAGACUGGGGGGAAUUCUCAGGUGGGCUUCUCCCCACUCCCUCCACACAAAGUAACUGCCAUUGCCUAUUGGUACAUUGUUACUUCAGAACCGGGGUUUUACCCCCAACCAAGCGCUUGAGUCUCGAAAUGACUCCUGUAAAUUGUGUAACAUUCCUUCAAUGGUUUAAACCUUUCCUUCGUUUCACUGCCGCUUUUUUUCCUGACUUGAUGUGAGAGGCUGACAACCAACCCUAGCAGGAAGCAUCAGUGUGCAGAAAUAAAGAGAACUCACAAUCUGACAUUGAACCCUCUCCUAUCCUCUUUCUUCGGGGAUUCCCCAUAUCAUUGUGAAGUGCACCGAGACCUUCAUCUUACGUGAAAGGAGCUGCUUAAGUGCAAAUUGAUGUUGGACCACUUUUGCUGCAAACAACAGAGCACGGAUGUCAACUGUGGAUUAAGAGAGAGAGAAAAAAAUAACUUGCACACCAGGGAAUAAAAAAAAACUUUUCAAUGAUAACUGACCAAACAUGCAGACAAACGCAUAGCAUGCAUACACACAAACUAUAUCAAAAUAUAUUAAAAAAACAUUCCAGAUAAAAAUAUUACCCAUGGAAUAAAUCAUGACCGGUAAAUGUUUUUUGGGGGACGUCUCAUUGUGGAGAGAUUCUUAAUGAAUAAUACCUUUGGCCAAUCUGACUUCGUUUUUUAAUGAAGGGACCACCAUUUGUCGGUGUAAUGCAGCACCCAAAAUGCAUUUCCAGUCACCAAGAGGACUACAAUUAAAACCAAGAAAUAGACUGUACAGCCCUUUACUUCUCCACAUGUCAGAGCAAAGCCUUCAAUGGGUUUUGGGAAGAAAGAGAUUUUGUUGAGAUUAAAACCAGAUUAAUAUUAGCGUGCCCAAAGGGUGUGUAGUAUUUAUAUUGGCCUUUGUUCAUUCACACACUUCAAAAAAUGAUGGCGCUGUUCGUAAAUGUAUUGGGUGGGAGGUUGGGAGGGGGCAAGAAUCGUCCUAGUGUUUUACUCGUAUAAGAGCCCGUUUUUGAUGUGCACAUUGUACUAUCACCGAGGUCCAGUAUUUACAGCAAUCGUAAAUCAAUGAUUAGUGAAGGUAUAUAAUAAACUAAUUGUAGCAUCAAUUACAUUUCGGGAGUACAAUCCUUGUAGUAUUAUAUAAACCACUGUAUAGUAAGAGUACCUCUCAUCCAUCUGUGCUGUGUGUUAUAUAAAAUCCUAGUCUAUGUUUUUUUUUAAAAAUGCAAGAUUCCGCGUGGGUAAUACAGAGCAGCAGCAUGGUCUGAACACGAAUCCUCACACACGCUUACAUUUAUUUUUCUCCCCUUUGCAUUCCUGAACUACAGAAUUAAAUAUCUGUUGUCUCUGUGUAUCUAAUGUUGUCAGGCGGGGCAGGAGCAAGGAUGGACUUGGAUUGGGGAGGGAGGAAGAGGGGGUGAGUAGGGGAGGAGGCAGCACUUUUUGAGAACAACACUUUUUUUUACAGUGUUGAAGAAACUUUUUAAGAAGUCUUCCCCCCACCCCCACCACCACCCUCCCUUUUUAGGGACUGCCCCUCUCCCUCUCUCCUACCCCUCUUCCAGAAGGUACAGUGAAAUGUUGAGUCCGAACUUCCCUUCAGUCCAUCUCAGCUGCGAUUUUUAAAACAAUAUAUAGCAACCUCUCAGCAAUCAGUCACUCUUUCACAAUGUACCUGUGACUUAUCCCCCAAUGUAUUUGAAACCUUUUAUGCAAAAAUCAAUGACUUUUUUUUAAAAAAAUUCUGUUCUGCUGUUGCGAUUUUGCAUUUUGCUCUGUGUAAAAAAAGAAAUCUACAAAACUGUACCAUAUUCUAUAGAAUCUUGGCAUGUUAAAUAACUGAAUGAUUCUGACUCCUUGCCCGUGACCGCUCCCAUUCCAUAUUGAAAAAUGUAUUGUAUGCUCUUAGCCUCUGAAGGAAAAUCCCAUCUAGUUUUUUUGUGACUGAAUUUAAUGUAAUAUCAGGUGUCCUUUAUAAGAUGCCCCUCCCCCCUUUCAAGGGAGGUUUACUUAUUGAGAACUAUGAAGCUAUGAUGACUAACGUGGGAAGGGUUAGAAUAGAAGAUUGGAGCAUUUGAAUGCUACAACAAUCUCAGCUCCCCACCCAACCACCCACCCAACCCCUACCCACUAAUAUCAGUAAAAGUCGAGGGGAAUAACCGUGAACAUUGAACUGAGGAAAAAUGUCUCAAAUAAAUAACAAAAAAUGUUCUUUUUUAUUUUGGUUGUGCAUCUACCAGUGGUCCUUUCGAAAGCGGGAUAGCAAGGGUGGGCAGGAUAUUUGACCAUAAAAAGGAGGCUUCACAAACUGUGCUCUGAUAAUAUCCUCACCAGACAUCCAAUCAUGCAUUUUCCAGAAGGCUGGUGGUCAGGGGGAGCAACUGGGUACAACUAAAGUGCAGAAAUCUGGUCAAUUUUCCCCCAGAGUAACCCAGGACACUGAGGGAAUUGUAGCCCCGACUACCCAGGCUGAGAUCUAUCUGUAACACUGGGAACACAUUUACCAACAGCAGCACCAAGAGAAUGAGAAAGGUAACAGGUCUAGCUUUCAAAAUUAUGGGAAGCUGCAACGAUAUGGGAGCUUGCAGUGUGGGGGAGUAUGCAUCUUUCCUUCAGCUCAAAGGCACCUGAUAUCCCAUUUAAUACACCAAUGUAGCUUUUUCUUACAUCAUUCCCUGAUCAUUGCCUUCUGAGCUUCUUCCCCCACAACUCCUCCCUCUAACCUAAAAUCCUCCUUGUUCUCUACUUAGCUCUAUAUUUUCGUUGAGCAUGUAUGUAUAUAAAAAUCAUUGCAUAAUUUAUUCUGCUAUGUUGUUAGGUCUAGCGUAGUAGCAAUCUGUACUCGCAUUUACAUGCAGUUUGUAGGUGUCUGACUUGUAACACUGGCAUCAAUGUUACCCAUUAAAAGUUAACUGAAACUA